UCCGAAUCCUUGUAUUUUAUCUCUCUCAUAGAAAAGAAAAAACAAAAAGCUAAAAUUUUUUCUUCUGUUUCCCAAACUCAGUGCCGAGGCGAGGCUUUGUGAUACUGAGCCUUAGAUUACAAGAAGAAGUGUUUUUGGUGGAAGGAUCUACUGAACUGUUUUUUACAAAUGGGGGAGGACACAAAGGCAACCGUUGAUCCAACAGCAAACAAGACUUGUUCUCUUGAGAAGCCAACAGAGGCUAUGGCUGGGAAAAAGGAGGUGGAGAAUGCUGGAGGUAAAGAAACACAAGAACUUACGAAAGAUGAGGGUACGUCUGAACCAAAGAAAAUGGAGAUAGAUGCUGAGAUAAAGAAAGAUGAUGAAAGAGCUGAGACGGAAGAUAAAGAGUCAGAGGUUAAGAGCAAUGGAGACAAUGCUGAGACUGAAAAAGUGGACGAAGAUGCUAAGGUCACAAAAGAUGAGGGACAAGCAGAGGCUACCAACAUGGACGAAGAUGCAGAUGGAAAGAAGGAGCAAACUGAUGAUGGUGUUUCAGUGGAAGAUACUGUAAUGAAGGAUGUGGAAUCCAAAGACGAUGACAAUGCCAAAGAUGAUGAAAAGCAAGACACCAAAGAGACGGGUAGUACUGAAGCAGACCACAAGAAAGCUGGGAAAGAAUCAGAGGAGGACAUAAAACAUGAAGGUGAAAAGUCAAAUGGAACGAAAGAUGGGAAUACCGAAGACAUCAAAGAGGAAGGGAAGCUGGUAGAUGAAGAAAAAGCCACAGAAACUGUUGAUAAAGUGGAUAAUGUGAAGGAGCAGAAUGAGGAGGAGUUGGUUGAUGAAGAAAAAGAGAAGGAAGAUAAGAAAGAAGAUAAAGAAGAGGAAGUUGAGGCGGAAAAGGCUGAGGUGGAUGAGGCAAAGGUUGAAGAUCGGAAAUCUGUUGAAAGGCUUGUUGCAUUGAUUGAUAGAGACUCUUCGAAAGAAUUCUAUAUUGAAAAGGGGCGAGGUGCAUAUCUCAAAGAUAUUCCCAAUGUUGCUAGCAAGGUAGCGAGGAAGAAGGCUGAUGAAACUUUGAAGCUGCUACAUGGAAUUCUAUUUGGUGGGAGGAGAGGGAAGGCUGCUCAGAUCAGGACUAACAUAUUGGGGUUCUCUGGUUUCGUUUGGCAUGGAAAUGAGAAGAAGGCAAAAGAGAAGGUAAAAGAAAAGCUUGAAAAAUGCUUCAAAGAAAAACUGUCGGAGAUUUGUGAUGUGUUGGACAUACAUAUUACCAAGACUACAAAGAAGGAAGAUAUCAUUACAAAACUGUUUGACUUUUUGGAGAAACCUCAUGCGACAAGCGACAUAUCUGUUUCUGAGAAAGAGAAGUCAAGUAAGGGAGCAAAGCGCAAGAGAACUCCGAAGCAAAGUUCACCUGCAGCUGGGAGUUCAUCCUCCAAACGGUCAGCAAAGAGCCGAAGAAAGUCUGAAGAGGCAACAAAGGGUGACAAAAAGAGUUUAGCUCAUUCUGAUGAGGAAUCUGAAGAAGAGAAAGAGGAAGAAGAAAAAGAAAAACAGGAGAAAGAGGAGAAGGCAGAAGAAGAGAAUAAAGAGGACGACAAUGAAAAUGACAUUCCUGAUAAAUCUGAGGAUGAGGCGCCUCAGCCUUCUGAAAGCGAGGAGAAAGAUGAAUCUGAGGAGCAUUCUGAAGAAGAAACUACAAAGAAGAAACGUGGUUCUAGAUUGUCAGCUGGGAAGAAAGAAUCAGCAGGGAGAGCCAGAAACAAGAAAGUGGCAGUCGCGGCAAAAUCCAGCCCACCAGAGAAAGUUACACAGAAGCGAUCAUCAGCAAAGCGAAAGAAAACUGAUGAUGACAGUGAUACAAGUGCAAAGCUGUCCUCUAAGAGGAAGAAGUCUGAAAAACUUACCAAGGCCUCCCCUGCUCCUUCAAAGUCUGCAUCAAAAGAGAAGCCAGUAAAAAGAGCUGGAAAAGGGAAAGACAAGCCUUCUGAUAAAGUGCUGAAAAAUGCAAUCGUAGAGAUCUUGAAAAGAGUGGACUUUACUACGGCUACGUUCACGGACAUCCUCAAAGAACUUGCUAAGGAGUUCAAAGAAGAUCUCACCCCAAGAAAGUCAUCUAUAAAGAUGAUUAUCCAAGAGGAGCUCACCAAAUUAGCAGACGAGGCUGAGGAAGAGGAGGAAGAUGAGGAGGAGAAGAAAGAAGAGGAUGCAGCAGGAGGGUCUGGUGGUGGUGAGGAGGUGAAAGCCUAAACUCCUUGCUGAUCACAUCGCACAUAUUGAGUCUCUCUCUAUAUCUAUCUUUUUCUCUCACAUAUACUGUUGCCUAAUGCCUAGUAGUCAUCUGGCAAAGGUGUAAGUUAAAUCUGUUGAUGUAAUCUUUUGUUGUUGGAGUCCGAAGCUUUUACUUAUGGUAGAGACAAGAGGAAGAAGCUGCAUAGCCAAAGGAUAGGUUGCUUGUAUGUCUAUAGCAUUUAACAUAAAAGCCUCCUUGGAUUGUCUUUGAUUUGUGAGGCUCUCUUUUAAAGAUAUUGUCAAAGCUUUCUUUAGUUUCUGUAAUGGUAAUAAAUGACUAAUAUGAUUCUCUUGAUA